AUGAUGAUAGUCGCGGGCUGUCGUGAUGUCGGUGCACUUGUACGCUUUGCUAGCUGUCAUGUGCGUUUCAUCAGGCUUUCUUGUUUGAAAGAUUUUUUAAUUACUGGAAAGAGCGCAAUAAUUUGUUUCCAAGCACACUCUACUGGUAACGUGCAUCUAGUUGCCGAGUUUUAUCAACGUCUAAAUACCCUUCAGCAGCCUUUUAUGAGUUAUGUGCAGCCCUUCGUAUUAGUUGGCCUAUCACUCCAGACUCAAGAUUUCACCUAUUAUGUUAUAAUCGCUAUUGAAAGAAUACUAGAGAUAUUGCAUGGCGAGGUGGGAUUGAGGAUCUGUAAGGUGGUUUUGUGGGGUCAGUCAAUGAGCAAAGGAUUUUCGCAAGUGGAAACUCUUCAACAACGAGUCAAGAUGAUUGCUUUGAUGCGAAAAAAGAAUUCAAGGGGAAAACUCCACUACAAUGUCUCAAGAGAACUUAACUUCACGAAAUCAAACGACAAGCUUCGAUCAUCAAGAACAGCACUGUCUUCAGCAGAUAUUGCCAAUGAUUACACUCUCAGGAUACCUGGAGAAGCCUUUGCAUUUUCUCAGGGCCAAAACAAAGUUGCAGUUGCAGUCAUGCAGAAGCAUCUGGUUUUACCGGUGACUUCUCUCAGUUAG